CACCGCUGGGCGGGUCCUGUUGCCAUGCCGGAGUCCGGGGUCCAGGCGCGGCGCAAAAUGGCGGAGAAAUUCCGCGCGGCCGAAUGAAGCCGAGGCCGCAGGGCUGAGCCGCGGAGCCGCCGGCAUCCAGGUUCUGCUGGGAGCGGCUGCCGUUCAUCAGAGGAGGAGAACGAAGAUCCCCUUCCUCACCUGAGAGGCGGCGACGUCGAGCCUUGAGCGCUUCCCCCCCCCCCCUUCCCUUCCCUCUCUGAAGGAAAACCCGCUCUUAGGCCGUAGGAGUCCGGGGAGGAGGGGGGGGGCCGAGCUUAAAAGUUUCACUCAUUUCUCAGAGACGAUGGGAAACACCUUGUCCUGUUGCGUGUCCCCGGGGGCGAGCCCCACGCUGUCAGGCCGCGGCGGGCUCCGGGGCCAGGAGCAGCAGCGGCGGCAGCAGCAGCAGCAGGAGCGGAUCGACGCUUACCGAGUGGAGGCGGAGCUCCGGGAAGCCGAGCCCAGCCCCGGAACCAACCUGCAGCACAUCAGUGACAGGGAAGCGCCGGAAGAUAUGAACUUAGAAUCCAAUCCAUCUGACCAUCCAAGAGCCAGCACCAUCUUCCUGAGCAAGUCCCAGCCAGAUGUGAGAGAGAAGAGGAAAAGCAACCACAUAAACCAUGUAUCUCCUGGUCAACUUACUAAAAAAUACAGCUCAUGUUCAACAAUAUUUAUUGAUGACAGUACAGUAAGCCAACCUAACUUGAAAAGCACAAUUAAAUGCGUUACGCUUGCGAUAUAUUAUCACACAAAGAACAGAGAUUCAGACAGAUCAAUAGAUAUUUUUGAUGAGAAAAUGCACCCGCUGACUAGAGAAGAGGUGCCAGUAGAUUAUUAUAAACGUGACCCAGAGCAUAAACACAUAUAUCGGUUUGUACGGACUCUCUUCGGUGCUGCCCAAUUGACUGCAGAAUGUGCAAUAGUAACAUUGGUAUACCUAGAAAGGUUGCUGACGUACGCUGAGAUAGAUAUCUGUCCUAGUAACUGGAAACGGAUCGUGCUGGGUGCCAUCCUGCUUGCUUCUAAGGUCUGGGAUGAUCAGGCUGUUUGGAACGUGGACUAUUGCCAGAUCCUGAAAGACAUGACGGUCGAGGAUAUGAAUGAGAUGGAGAGACAGUUCCUGGAGCUGCUACAGUUUAACAUUAAUGUUCCUGCUAGUGUUUACGCCAAAUAUUACUUUGAUCUGCGCUCCUUGGCAGAUGACAACAAUAUGAAUUUUCCUUUGGAGCCACUCAGCAAAGAGCGAGCACAGAAACUGGAGGCAAUCUCCAGGUUGUGCGAGGACAAAUAUAAAGACAUGAGCAAAGCUGCUAUAAGGCGGUCACUCAGCGCUGGCAAUUUGAUAGGAAUUAGUCGUUCUAAUGCCAUCCUGUCCUAGGAAGGAGACUUUAUCCCAUCGGCAUGUAUUGCACCAGCAGAGACAGAGUCUUCCAGCUGGGUGACUGAAUCUUUCUACAGCUGAAUCCCAAGUCUCAGCUCCUGGCACUGAAGAGCACACUUAAGAAAUUAACAUUAAAUGUUGCCCACCUGGCUACAAGGCCCUUUUUUAGGAGAAGGAAGGAAAAAAAAAAUGAUUUGACACUACACUGACACAGCAGUGUGGAGAUUUUUAAUGCUUACUGUGUAGGCCUGUAACUGAGACGUUCCUCAAGCUUUUAUUUUAAUUUGUCCUAAUUCAAAGAAACAAUAUCCAAACCAAAUUGAAAUCAUGUUGUGUGGACCCUACAGGUAGGCUGGGACAACAGAAGCCAAGUGUGGGAGUAAAUAGUGUCAGAACAGGGGCGAAUAACUGACCAUGUGCACUGUGCAAGUUAAACAAACAUCAAGGCUCUCCAGGUGUAAAGCUGUCUCUCAGGCAUAGGAAGGACUUAACCAGCAUGUAUUCGCACAUAUUCCUGUGAUGCAGGUUUUAAAGCUGGAAUAGAUUUCUCUUUUGCCACCACUCAUUUCCUCAUAAUUCCUCUCCCUUCCCUCUUCCCACCUCAAACCCAGCAGAUCCUCUACGUAUUUUCUUUGGACAUUAUCUAUAUAAUUGUGUUGCUGGCUGGUAUAGAUGAGAACUUGCAUUUUUUUUAGCACCUUUUUAAUGAAGUUUAAAAACUCUCAAGGCAUUUCACCAGCUUACCGACAUUGAACCACCGGUGAUAUUGGAACUGGUGAUCAAAAGGUUUGUUCAAAGACUUGGUUUUCACAGACAGUUUUAAAGGAGGGUAGAUAGGUGGAGAGAUUCAGGGCAGGGAUUCCGGAGCUCAGGGGAUAAGCAGCUUGACCUAUGAUGUAUGACUAUGUGUGCACCUCUGCUGCUGAAAGCUCACAGUCCCACCACCAUUAACGUGUCCGAAAGCAAAGAUUCCCAAGAAGGCUGGGAAUCCGAAACAAAAGCAAAAUUAAUAGUAACACACAGCAGCAAGGCAGCAUCUGUUAUGAAAAAAAAGUUAAAAUUCAGAUCGAGGGCCUUAAAGUGAUGUGUCCAAUAGUCCAAAACUUAUCGUCUUGAAGAUGACAGUAUUACCUCAGAUAAAGGCCUUUUACUGUGUAAUCAGCCUGUAAUAAAAAUGUACCACCACUCUACAGUGUGAAAACAAUUUCCGCAGAAGCUACUGGGUUUUAAACUGCUGUUUUUUUUUAUUUUGGGGAUUAUUUUCCUUUGCUGAAUGUUGGCUGUGGAAGGGAGCAGAAAAGGCUGAGAGUCUGCAAAGGGAAGGCAAGCCUGAUGGGGGUGUCUUGAGUGUCAGGGUCUGCCAGCCCCAUAUCUGGUUCACUCACUUCCUGUAAGUAACCAUGCGCAGCAGUCCAAUAUCUUCAGUACACAUAGGAGCCCAUACUGCCAGUCAUCAGUUGUUCUCUGAUUUGUGACAUUGUCUCAUUCUCUUGACAUACGUGACCCUAAAUACAAAAUGUGAAUGCUUGUUAAGCAAAUGACAUUAAAUUUGUACAUAAACAGGCCAUUUGGCCUAACAGGUCAGUACCUCUGUUUAUCUGUCCUUCUGCAUAUCAUCUGAUCAUCAUAUCCUUCAUUCCCUUCUCUCUCAUGCAGCUAUCUAGCUUUCCCUUAGGUGCACGUAUGCUAACAAAACUAGGGAGCUCCAUGCUCUACCUAGUCUUGAUUUUUCAAAAAAAAAAGUUCCCUUUGAAUUUCCUAUUGGAUAUAUUAGUUGCUAUCUUGUAGUACAGUCCCUAAUUUUAAUCCCCAACCCCAAAAAAUAUAAACAUCAUCUCUAUAUCAAAUCUUUCAUAAUCAUAAGUGUAUCUCUCAACUUGUGUUUCUAAUGAAAAAUAUUUUACUGUAGGACAUCACUACUUUCACAUAGACGUGUAGUUGCAUAAUUGUUACGUUCCCAUCAUAAGCUGUAACUUGCUUGUCUCGUUUGACUGAGAGGAGGCAAUAUUCAAUCGUUUAUUUCUGAGCGAGUAAACUUCAUAUUUUUGCAACCAGUGAAAUGGGAGGUACCUGGAGUUUCUCCCAGGGAAGAUUUGAGGCCCUAGCAGUGUCUGAGGAGUGGUGAGAUUUUGAUGAAGAAAGUUACUGGUAAAAGCAGAAUCGUUAGUCUCGGCUGCCAGAAUAUAGAUUUUAAAAAGAAAAUCACUAAAUUCCAUUUAAUCUGAGAAAGACAAGUUUACCGUAGUUUGUUUGUUCACCAGAAACCAGAGGUUCUGGUAAUAAAUUGUUGAAACUAGGCUGGAGUUUUAUUGCUGGUUUUCACCACCAACCCAUCUUGCACAGAUUAGUUCACACAGUGUGCAGCUU